AUGAGACUUUCUUCCCAGACUGAUCUGACCUGGAUAGGCAACAUGCACAACAGCACUGCUGGAACUCCACUUGCGGCUGGAACAUGGAAUGGGGCUCGGUCCACACAGUCACUGAGCUCCAAGUUCUCCCUGAGUGUGUUGGUGCUGCUGGCUUUCCUCAUGGUGUUGCUUGCUUUGGUCACCAUCCUCGGAAAUGCCCUGGUUAUCCUGGCUUUCAUCUUGGACAGAAACCUCAGGCAUCGGAGUAACUAUUACUUUCUCAAUCUUGCUAUUUCUGACUUUGCAGUAGGUAAGGGUAUUCUAUUUUGCAUGCCUCUCUACAUCCCUUACAGCCUGACAGGGAAAUGGCACUUGGGAAGAGGCAUCAAACUCUGGCUAGCUAUGGACUAUCUCCUGUGCACAGCUUCAGUAGUUAACAUUGUUCUUAUCAGCUAUCAUUGUUUUCUGUCAGUUACUACAGCUGUAUCUUACAGAGCCCAGCAGGGAAUAACGUCCAACCCUGUCAUCAAGAUGGUGGCCAUCUGGGUCUUUGCCUUCCUCCUCUACUGCCCGGCCAUCCUCUUCUGGGAGCACGUGGCCGGGCACAGCGUGGUACCAGAGGACCAGUGCUUUGCCGAGUUCUUCAGCAACUGGCUCUUCCUCCUGUGUGCAUCCACCCUGGAGUUCUUCGUGCCGCUGCUCUUGGUGACCUACUUCAACGUGCACAUCUUCCACAACAUCCAGAGGCGCCAGCGGCACAGCAACAGACAGGACUGCGAGCGUCCAAGGACAAGUAGCCUGUCUUGGAGAUCCUGCCUCUCACUGAGGCAAGAAUGAUUUUCUCCUCCACUGGAAGCAGAGGACAGUGUUUCUUCCUCCAUAAGGCAGAAAGAGUCUUUGGUAACUGAGAGCUCAUCUCCAACCAGAGGCAGUUCUGUAAUGCCAGAAAAUGAGUUCUCUGUUUCUUUCUGUUCAAGGUCUGGGCCAAAACUGCAGCAGGACAAGAAAAUAGGGAGGUCACUUGCCAUAAUUGUGUGUAUAUUUGCCAUUUGCUGGGCCCCAUACACUUUACUAAUGAUCAUUCGUGGGGCCUGCCAAGGAGAGUGCAUCCAUAAUUCACUGUAUAAAAUAACCUUUUGGCUUUUGUGGCUCAAUUCCUUUCUGAAUCCAUUUCUCUACCCUCUCUGUCUUGUUAAAUUUCGAAUGUCUUUCGUCAAAAUACUGUGUCCAAAAAAGUUUGUAGCAUUGAGAUCAGAUUACUUCUAG